UGCAGCUCGUACCUCAAAGUAUAGGUACACAUCAUGCCUACCCCUCUUGUCAAGCGCUACAUUGCAUAUACGCAGAGCACUUGCAGAGCGGGAUGUGUUAGCAAACGGGCCGUUUAUUCAAGUCCGUCACAGUCCAGACUUCACCCACCUCAGCUACCCACGUCUCCAGCACCUAGCUUCACAACCUUUGCACUAAAUCAAGAUUCCCUCCAUUCAUCCCGAUACCAUGGCUUACACGAGUAAGCAGGUCGUAACCAGCGUCAGCAUCGUGUACCUCGUCUUGGUCACAGCUCUAGCUGCGUACGCUACAUCCCGUGCUAAGAGCCUCUCGAUCCCUAUCCCGGAUGCUCUGUCCGGCCUUGCGACCGCUCUACCCAUCGUAGCCGGACUUCUCCUCGAAGCAGGAUACGACUUCACGCGGCGUGUGGAGCAGCGACGCCAACGGCCAAAGGGCAACACACCGCGUCCUCCCCUUGUUAUCAUCGUGAAUACCCUGAUAUUCAUAUAUUCGACGGCGGUCAUCACUCUCCUAGGGACACACGUUGCUCCGUCGUCCGGGCUUCGAUGCGGUCUUGACCAACGCUGGAGGGACCUCUUCACGCACAAGAACGCGGAUGCUAUCAGGGCGAUUCAGGAUGCAUUCAACUGCUGUGGCUAUGUGAACUCGCACGACCAGGCAUGGCCUUUCCCGGACAAGAACCAUGACCAGCACGCCUGCGAGACGGCCUUUGGGCGUACUCGAGGCUGUUUGGGACCUUGGAGACAUGAGGAACAGAGGGUAGCAGGCAUUCUCAUGGCUGUUGUUGCCAUGGUGUUUGUGUGGCAGUUCGCUAUUAUCGUGACGCCAACCCAGCGAGAGUCUUGGUUGCAUCGCGUCCUGCCCGCUCGUGUGUCUAGACUCAUCUCUGACGAAGAGCGCGGCACCUCCGGACGCCCACGAGGCGCUAUCGACUAUGUUCCUUAUAGGGACAACGUUGCCGAAGAAGUCGACGACGAGGACCGUUACGAUGCAACUCGACCUGCAAUUGAGGGACGCACAAUCAGACAUGUUCCACCUGAGCCCAAUGGCGAGCAAGAUCAGUCUCGCUCAGGGGUCGAGAACGUCUGGGAACGGAGCUAAGCAUCUGGAAUCGGCUUUCAGAAAGAACAGGCACUCGUGGGAGCAAGACAGGUCUUUCGAAGACACUUGUUCAACAAGCUGGUGAUGCUAUCACGCUCGACAAUAUGCAAACCUGGCUGCACAUGUGGUUUGGACUGCACAAGCAACUUGUUAAUGGUUAAGGGAGAAGCGAAUAUGUUUCAUGAAAACACUCUCCACUACAUCCUCUAACUCCCCCAGUUCCGUAGCAUCCUUCAUGUAGGUUAUAGGCCCCGUAAUCGUCCACC